AAUUGCUUGGAGAGAGAUGAUAGAUAGCUGUCCGUUUCUCUAUCGGCCAGAUGCUUGUGUAGCACCGUAGCUAGCGUAUAGAAGUUCGAGAUCUUCGACCAACGACAACUUUUCCAAUACUUCUUCUCAUUCCACGAUUCAGACCACAGUCGCCAAUAUGUCCAUGUUCCGGGCGAAAAAGCUGGACCUUGGCUGUUUUGUCAACAUCAAGGUCAUCAGAGACCAUACGAAGAGAAAAGUUUUCGCAGAGCACGAGACAGAAAGACAGGCUCUGCGAUACAUAAUUCGAAAUCUCAGUCUCCCCGCUCGAACACGCGCCCAGGCUGCGUUGCAGUUGACGUCGAUGCAUUGCUAUACUCGACCAACACAGAUUCGAAAUCGUUGCAUUGAGGGUGGGAAAGGCCGAGGUGUGCUGAGGGAUUUUAAGAUGACAAGGUACAACUUCCGAAUGAACGCCCUUGCGGGCUCCCUACCUGGUGUCAAGAAAGCCAGUUGGUAAUGGGAGAUACUUUGUUUGGGAUAAUGGUGGAUUGUGUACGAUAAGAUGUCCAGGCCUGAGGGUGGUUUCUUAGGGUUUCGCCCCCGAUGACCAUCAGGCAGAGCUUCAUGAGCUCCUGCGGAGCACACAAGAUGAAGGAACGUGUAGAAUACAAGGUCGAAAAAAUGGCGUUACGAGGUAUUAUGAACACAGGUCGUCGGAGCUCGGUGACGCAUAAUUUGAGCCCCACUUCCUGAAGCAGCCAAAGUAUCAAUGAUUAUAGCAAGUUUGUACACUUUCUAGCGUGAUUCUGGAACUCCAAGUCUUGAUCCGAAUCUGUUUGUCUGUUUAAUUCUACUUGUC